AUGGUUGACAUAUAUUUGAAAUAUCUUUCGAUAAAAUUAAUUGUGAUUAUUACUGCAUUUUUAAUUGAUAAAAGUUCAACUUUAUCUAUUUGUCCAACGGCUGUUUGGGCAACGAAAGGGACCACAGUAGCUGGUUCACAAAACGGCUAUUCUGGUUCUCUAUUGAGCCGACUUAUUCAACCAACUAUCGUUAUUGUCGACAAUAGCAGUAAUAUUUAUGUGGCUGAUGGUGGAAAUUUUCGUAUAUUACUAUUUCCACCAGGUUCAACUCAAUCAACUUCAGGUACACUGAUAAUCAAUGGUAGCUCUGGUACUGAACUUGAUCAAUUCGGAACGAUGGAUGGUAUGAGUAUAGAUACGAAUGGUAAUAUUUAUAUAUUGGAUGGAACUUUAUCACGUGUAACAAAAUGGACACCAGGAUCUACGAGCGGUAUUCUUGUAGCUGGUAGUGUUCCUUUCGUUGAUUAUUAUGAUGGACAUAUGGAUAACAUAAGUGGACCUGGUGGAAUGUUUAUGGAACCUGAAUCAUCGUUUAUUUGGAUGGCUGAUACAAACAAUAGCAGAAUCGUAAAAUGGGUAAAUUCAUCUACAGCAUUAACAGUCUGUGGUAGUUAUGGUACAAACCCCGAUCAAUUUAUUUAUCCAUUAGGAUUAUUCAUUGAUACAACUGCUGGAAAUACACUUUAUGUAGUAGAUAGUGGAAACCAUAGGAUACAAAGGUGGCUAUCAGGUGCAACUAGCGGAAUCACUGUAGCCGGAAUAACUAGUUAUUAUGGUGAUAGACUCGAUCAACUGUGGGAUCCAACAGCAAUACUUGUCGAUAAUAAUCAGAAUAUGUAUAUUGUGGACUCGAGCAAUUCUCGAAUUCUCAAAUGGAAAAUAGGUGCAAGUUCUGGAAUGAUCAUCGCUGGUAAUGAACCAUUCGGGGGACAAACGUCAAGUCAGCUUUGGUAUCCAAAUAGUAUUAGCUUCAGUUCGAAUGGAACACUUUAUGUUGCUGAUACUGAAAAUAAUCGUACACAAAGAUUUUCUAUUUCUUGCCCGACAAAUAUAUCGACUACAACUGUUUCAUCAGUAACUACAACGAUACCUAUUUCGACUACAAAUUGUUCAAUGACUGUUUGGGCAGAGAAUGCAACAACAAUUGCUGGUUCACCUAUAGGUAUUGCAGGUCUUACUUCAACAUUGCUAAGUUAUCCAAUGGACGUCAGGGUUGAUGCCAAUGAUUCGAUUUAUGUCAUUGAUUAUGAUACAUACUAUCGUGUGCAAAUUUUUUAUCCAGGUAGUCUAUCAGGAAUAACAAUCAUUAACGCUUCGUUUGGCACAGAUCUCAAUCAAUUCUCUAGCAUGAAUGCUCUUUACAUAGAUAUGAGCGGUAAUUUCUAUAUACUUGAUAGCGAUAAUUUUCGUAUUACAAAAUGGGCUCCAGAAGCAUCAACAGGUAUACUUGUAGCCGGUGGUAAUGGAAUAGGCAGUUCUCUCGACAAACUAGAUGGUCCUACUGACUUUUUCGUUGAGCCAAAUACAUCCUAUAUUUCGAUUUGUGAUUCAAACAAUCAUCGAAUUGUAAAAUGGAUGAAUGCAUCAACUGGGAUACUGGUCGCCGGAGGGAAUGGUCAGGGUACAAAAGCUAAUCAAUUCGAUACUCCAAUGGGAUUAUUCGUUGACACAUCUACUUCGAAUACACUUUAUGUAGCAGACACAUAUAAUUGUCGAAUCCAACAAUGGCUUUAUGGAGCAAGUAGUGGAUCAACAGUGGCUGGAAAAUCAUCAGGUACAUGUGGUAGUACACUUAAUCUACUUUAUUAUCCAAUAGCUUUGAUUAUGGACACGAAUGGAACAAUGUACAUCGUGGACAAUGGAAAUAGUCGAAUCGUUUUAUGGUUAUUAGGAGAUACAUCGGGCAGAGUCAUUGCUGGUUCAGGUAUCGCUGGAGUAUUACCAGAUCAAUUAAAUGAUCUUUCUACUGUCAGACUUGAUUCAACUGGAGCAAUUAUUAUCAGUGAUUCCGGUAACAACCGUAUUCAAAAGUUCAGUGUUGUUUGCUCGCCAAACAUGAUAAUAUCAUCAACAUCAUCAUCACCAUCAUCAACAAAACCAUCAUCAUCAUCAUCAUCGACAACAUCGUCAUCGUCAUCGACAACUUCAUCAUCAUCAACAACAUCAUCGUCGUCAACAACAACAACAUCAAUUGAUGUUACAUUACAAAACACGACAAUGACUGAUUCAUCUACUACGAGCAGCCUUUCAACACCAGCCAAUAAUUCAACAAUUAUACUAUCAGCUUCAACAUCAAUCGCAGAUUCUUCUACAGUAUCAACAACAUUUUUAAUGAUAGAAAUGGUCACUACAUUACAAACGAAUAGUUUAACUAAUACAACAACACAAUUAUCAUCAGGAAUGGAUUCAGACUCUGAAUCAUCAGAUAACGUAGCUCCAGCUCUUAAUCUGAAUUCAAAAUUAUUUGCAUUAUUAUUUUGUGCUUUUAUGAUUUCUAUAAACAAUUAA